AAUUGCAAGGUGAUCGCUUUUUGUGGAUCAAAGGAUCGAUGUGACUGGGUCCGUGAGCUGGGUUUUGACUACGUUUUUAAUUAUAACACAGUUCGUGUUGGGCCAGCAUUGAAACGAGUUACAUCCCAAGGGAUUGAUUGUUAUUUCGACUGUGUUGGAUCUCAGUUUACAGAAGGUGUUCUUGAAAAUAUGAAAAAUAACGGAACGAUGUGCAUGUGUGGCUAUGUCGAUUCAUAUGGACGUCAAACUACAUUCGGUAACGAAGAAUAUUCGUCCCUUAGUAUAUGUGUCCCUACUAGGAAGCAAGAUCCGUAUCGCAUGAUUUCCAUCAAAGAGCGUCAAGUUUUCAGCGCCUCAGUUUAUGACUUCACAUCUCGAUUUAAUGAAGCCGAAAGGCAUCUUCUUGAGUGGAUAAAACAGGGUAAAAUUAAAUAUCGUGAGGUAAUCAUGGAAGGAUUUGACAAACUUCCAGACGCUUUGGCAGCUUUAUACGAUGGGCGAAACGUAGGAAAGAUAAUCGUCAAAUCUACUAAUUUUGCUUUAAUGAAGUCCGAUGAUGGUUUUUGAGGGGUUUUUUUUACGUAUUAGGCUACAUUCAGUAACAUAGUAGUGUUUUAACUCAGGAAAAACAUAUAAUAUUCAUCACUAUACGUGUAAUGUUUAACUUAUUCUGUUUAAGACUAUAUUUAUAAAUAAAUAAAAAUAAAUUUUAAAAUCUAGGCUACAUCUAUAUCAAAGUAUGUAUGCCGCGGACCUGCUUUGUCUCUUAUGGAAAUCCAAACUUAUACACGAAUCUGGUAAAUUUUUACAACACUGUUGCAUUAUAACACUGGAAAGGUUUGUGCGCACUUUUUGGCUAAAUUCAGGGAAAUUUUAAAUUGUUUAAAAUGUUUUAAAUAUUUGUAUAUGCUCUAUAUGCGACCUCAUUCCCGCCAUAUUUAAGUAUUCAUACUUUUAAUAUUUUGCGCAGCGUUUAAUGGCGGUGCUAUUUAAUAUCUUAUUUAUAGACUUCUGUAUUUCCUACUUGAUAGCAUAUUUAUUUAACAUUGAGGGUAUAAUACCAUUAGAUAGUUUCAUAAUGUGAAAUGCUACUAUUAUUAAAAUUGAGGGUUUUUUUUUUGUUUUUUUUUUCCGUAUUUAAAAGGCGCUUCAAGGCUGCAUAAUUAAUUAAUGAUAAUUUAUUUUAUCACUACUCAAGACCUAAUUUCCGCCACUUUAGUUCUUGGUAUACCAGUGCCAGGUCAAUUUAAUCUCUUAUUGAUAGACCAUCGGUAUUGACAUUUUUAGUCAAAAUGUAUCUUUCUGAAUGAUAAAAGCGUGGUUGAGGAUAUAAUUAAAUUAAAAUGCUGCUUAUAGUUAUUAUUAAAAACUCAACACAGUUACAUUGUUUACUAAUUGUUAUUUAUUUAUCAAUACUUUAGGUCCCUCGUAAUAAAGUUUUAAAAUAUUUGAUAAGAUAUAUUAAUUGGUGUUAUGUUACGUAACUUUUGGUCCUUUAUUGUUAUGGUAUAGUUAAAAGUUAUAUGGGUUUGAUAAUAAGUUUAGAUUGAUAUUAUGUAAGUGUUAUUCAAUUUCAAAAUGUGUUUAAAUAUAGUGUUGGUUGAUUAUUUAAGUUUUAAAAAAUUAGGAAUGUAAAUUUAUCGGCUGGUAAAUUUGUCCAUUUAGGUGUUUGUUGCAUUCGGGAAAUCGGCAUUCUGGUAAGGUUUUUUUUUUCGGAAAUAGGUCAUAGAUCCGUCAGGAAUUGGUUCAGGUGAAGAUGAAGGUGUAGACGUGGGCAAAGGUGUAGGUGCUUAUGUUAAUGUUUAUGGUUGUGUGAGGGUUGGUUUAUGAUGAUGUUUAUGUUUUGUAUGUUUGUGCUUGUUUUGAAGUGGUAGUAAGAGUUAGGGUUUAUGUUUGUGUUUAUGUGAGUUUUUUCUUAUGGUUUUGGUUUAUGUGGUUAUCUUUUUGGCGUAGAAGUGCGGGGAGGGGAGAGGAUUUAUGUGUAUAUUUGAGGUUGUGGUGAGGGUUUGUUUAUGUUUAAGGUUGUGGUGAGGGUUAGGGUUAAUGCUUAUUUUUGUGUUUGUGUUAAUGUGGUUGGUUUUUUUUAGACGUAAAAGUGCGAAAAGGGGAGAAGGUUUAUGUCUAUGUUCGUUUGUGUUUGUGGUUAAUUGUGGUUAGGAUUACGUUUUGAGUUAGGUUUAGGGAUAUAUACUUUCUAUAUUUGCAUAUGUAAAUUAAUUGGAAAUGUAAUGUAUUCCCAAAUCACGGUCCUUUACGGAUAGUUUUUUUUUUCAUAAAAGCUUGUGCAGAGCCUGGCCGGGACGGCUAGUUCAUCUAUGCAUAUAAAAAUCGAAGUAUGUCUGCGGCGGGCGGACGGACUGGCUUUGUCUUUUAUAGAAAUUAAAACGCCUAAGCAGAUCAGGUUAAUUUUUACCACACUGGUGCAUUAUAAACAUGGAAGUGUUUGUGCUCACUUUCAAAUUUCAAGUUGUUUUUAAGAUAUUUAAGAUACAUAUUUUCUCAAUAAAAGUGACAUUUUGCUCAUAA